AUGGCUUCCCCGCAAUCUGCCCCGCAAUCGCAAUCUUCCCCGCAAGCUGUUGCAUACCCGGAGUCUAGCUCUCUGAAGGUGGAUGACACGCAUUUGGAGGACGCCGUGUCGUCGAUUGGGGGCCCGAGGAAGCACGGCGACGCUGCGCUGGAGGUUCUGGGCGAGAACAUUAUUCGUGAUAUCUCCCCCGAAGAAGAUCGACGCGUCCUUCGCAAGAUUGAUCUAUGGAUCAUGCCCGUAGUUCUGCUGGUGUACUUCUUGCAGCAGCUGGACAAGUCUUCGUUGUCGUAUACGUCCGUCUUCGGGAUUGUGGAGCAAACAAAGCUGGUUGGCUCGCAGUACAGCUGGCUCAGUAGCAUCGUCUACGUCGCCCAGCUCAUAUGGCAGCCCAUGUCUUCGUUCUUCCUGGUCAAAUUCCCUAUUGCCAAAUAUCUUUCUAUUCAUGUCUUCAUGUGGGGUGUUAUUGUCGCUUCCACAGCCGGGGCUCAUAACUUCGCUGGAUUGAUCACCGCCCGGUUCUUCCUUGGUAUAUUCGAAGCCACCGUCGCUCCUUGCUUCAUCACCGUGACCCAGAUGGCGCGCAAUUUUUGGUGGCGCCGGCGUGAACAGACUAUGCGGCUCUCUAUGUGGAUGGCUAUGAAUGGUGGAACUGGCAUGAUUGGUUCGCUCCUGUCAUACGGCCUCGGUCAUAUCAACGGUAGACUGCAUCCGUACCAGACCAUAUUCCUUUUCAUCGGUUUGCUAACGGCUGUCUGCGCUCCCAUCGUCUUCUUCGUGUUGCCCGACUCGCCGACUACGGCACGGUUUCUAACACACGAUGAAAAAAUUGUUGCUCUGGAACGCCUCCGUGCUAAUAACCAGGGAACGGAAUCGAAGGAAUGGAAGUGGGAUCAAGUAUUGGACCUUGCUUUGGACCCGAAGACGUACUUGUGGUUUGCACUCCUUUUCCUCUGCGCUCUCCCUAGCGGCGGAAUUGGCGCCUUUGGCCCCCUCAUUAUCCAGGGCUUCGGCUUCAAUCAGUUUCAAACGAUUCUGUUCAACAUCCCAUUCGCGUUCCUGCAAGUCGUGCUCACGCUGCUCUCCGCCUACAUUUCCACGAAGAUUAAGUUGAAGUGGCCUGUCGUCUUCUUCCUGACGCUUCCUCCUAUUGCUGGAGCUUCUGCGUUGUACACUCUUGGGCGUGGUCCUGAGUUGAAGGGUACACUGCUAGGCUGUUAUUACGUGCUUUCCUUCUUCACCGCGCUUCAGCCCAUGCUAUACACCUGGAGCUCGCAAAACACAGCAGGCCAUACAAAGAAGCUGUGCACCACCGGCGUCGUCUUCGUUGCCCAAUGUGCCGGCAAUAUUGUCGGGCCACUGCUAUACACCACCGAUGAAAAGCCAUUUUACCACCGUGGCCUGAUUGCGAACUUGAUUUGCUGGAUCGCCCUCGCCAUACUCACCUUGCAAGUGUCCAUCCAACUUUCACCUGCAGCACUAAAUCACGCAGCCCGCCGUGUCCGGCUCGGAAAAGCUGCCGUCGUCAUCGAUCAAUCGCUGGAAGAGCAACCCCACAAGCUCCAGGGCUCGGAGAAAGUUGCGACGAACGAGCAGGCAUUCGAUGAUCUGACGGAUACGCAAAAUGAGGACUUCAUCUUCGCGCUAUGA